UGUAGUCUCAUCUAAGUUAAGGCCGAGUUUUCCCCGGAAGAAAAAAGAAGCUUCUCUCACCACACUCGAAAAAAUAAAUCGUUGAUAAAUUCAUUAUGUAAAUCACCUGUAGCAGUAAAGUACAGUGACUUGAAUUCAAUAAUAACUACAAUGGAUUCAUCUACCAUAAUUUUCAUUGCCACAUUGGCCAUAGCAUUUGUGUUCUUAAAAUGGUUAAUCACUCCUAUACCUAGCUCACAUGAACUUGAGCAAUCUGUCAAUCAAUAUCAGCAACAGCAACAGAACCAACAGGUUCAACAGAAUCAACAAGGUCAACAAGGUCAACCACAAAGACGUAGAAGACAAGUAACAGAUAGUAUGAUUGAAGUGGUUCAAGCCAUUGCUCCUACUUUGACUCGAGAACAAAUCAUUAUGGAUUUAAAUAAUACUGGAUCAGUCGAAGUAACCAUUGAAAGAUAUAUGGAAUUAGGUGGAUUACCAUUACCUCCAUCAACAGGUACUUCUACAGGUAUUUCUGAUAUUACAAAUAUUAAUGAAGCUUCUAGAACUUCUGGUACUACCAAUGAACCAGUUAUUCAACCUAGAAACGAAGCUUCUAAGAGUAAAUCUAGUAUUAAUUUAUUAGAGAAAUACGAUAUUAAAGUUGAUCAAGAUACUGCAAGUUUAGCAAAUAAGGAAUUCUCGGAAUUGACAUUCCAAGAAAGGAGAGCUCGAAUGAUAUUGGAUGCUAGAUCCAGAUAUGAACAGAGUUUGAAAUAAGUAAAUGGUUCAUGGGGGUAACUAUGUAUA